AUGGAAGAAGCUCAGGAACUAUUUAGAAGGGCAGAAAAGGCAGGAAAAGGUUCUACAGGAUUCUUUUCGUCCUUGUUAUCAGGAGGCCCGGACUACGAUGGGGCAAUACAGCUGUACAUUGAAGCAGGAAAUAAGUUCAAGAUUUUGAAGGCUUGGAUGGAAGGUUGUGAGUGCUUUAGCAAAGCGGCAGAACUUUCUUUAAAGCAGAAUGACUUGGUCACAGCUUCCAAUUAUUACACUGAGUGUGGUAAUAUAAUGAAGAGGUCCGAUUUGCAAAAAGCCAUCCCUUACUUUUUAAAGGCAGUAGAUCUUUACAACAAGAAUGGGAGAUUCAGCCAGAGUGGAAAGCUUUACAAGAGCAUUGCAGAGUCCUUAGAAAGUGAUUUCCAGUAUGUUGAAUGUUGUGAAUACUAUAAAAAGGCUGCAGAUAUGUUUGACAUGGAUGAAUACAGCAAAACAGCCUACUCUUCCUGUAUUUUAAAGUAUGCAGAUAACUUCUCUCUUUCUAGUAAUGAGUCUUUGGAUCAUUCAGUUUCAAAGUUUGGUAAAGAUGCUCCAGGAGUUAGUGGACUUCUUGAGGCAGUUGAGAUAUAUGAGAAGGAGGCAAAAAAGGCUUUAAGUAAUUCUUUGAUUAAAUACAAUGCAAAGGAGUAUCUGUUCAAAGCUUUUCUGAUCAUUCUGUCUUUGGAGGACAGCGUAGAUGCUCAAAUUAAAUGGGAAAAGUACUCAUCCAUCGAUCAGAGCUUUUGCACAUCCCCUCAGGGAAAGCUUUGCCGUUCCAUUCUGGAUAUAAUGGAGAGGAGACAGAAUUCAAUUGGAGAGGAAAAUGAUGAUCUAGACAAAAACAAAUUUGUCGAGGAGUUUACCGGCUUGAUUGAAGAAUACAAUAACAUAUAUCCCGUAGAUGACUGGAAGGUACAUUUCCUUUCUAUUAUUAAAAAGAACUUGGCAAGAAUAGCCAUGAACCUGAUGGAGAAGGCAGAAAAUAAUGAAUUUGAUCUAACUUAA